AUGACAUUUGACAUUGAUCCAUGCAGCGGCUCCCCGUUUUCAGAGGCCAUUUGCGGUCCGGUUGGGGAUGCGUCGCGUUUCCGGGUCUGGGGUGCUCGUGCCCUUGUCCGCGAUACGUCCGCGGACAAGCUCUCCUCCUGCACCAUUCCCUGUGUCGUCCUUGGCUUUGUCCCUGACGCGCCUGGCUGGCAGUUUUACCACCCCACCUCGCGCCGUGUCUUCCCCUCUCAGGACGUAACCUUUGACGAGUCGGUUCCUUUCUACCGUCUCUUUCCCUACCGCACUGUCCCUCUCCCUCCCCCGCCACUUUUCCUCGCUCCAGGUUCCCCUCCGGUAGAACCCCUUCCCCCUCAGGGUCCUGCUCCUUCAGGUGUGUCUCAGGUAGACCCGCCCCCCUUGGCUGAGCCUGUAGAGGUCACUAGCGACUCAGGUGCUGCUGCGGGAGGUGUUGCUGGGGGUGCUGCUUCUGGGGGUGCUGAGCCUGCGCGUGAGGUGCUGGGGAGUGCGGAGCCUGGGGGUGCUGAGCCUGCGGCUGCGGAGUCUGGGGGUGCUGAGCCCGUCCGUGAGGUGCCGGGGGGUGUGGAGCCUGGGGGAGUUGUUCUGCUGGAGCUGCUUGUCGUGGAGGCGCUGGGAGUGCUGGUGUCUCUGGUCCUAGAGGUGCUCGUACUGGAGGUACUGGAGCUAUCGAGACUGGUACUGCUCCCGGAGCUGGAGGUGUCGGUUCUGGGGGUGCUUCUGCUGGAGGUACUAGGGCUGGAGGCCCUAGAGCUGGUGCUGUCGACCUUGGCGUUGGAGACCCUGGAGCUGGAGGUGCCGGUUCUGGGGGUGCUGCUGCUGAAGAUACUGGUGCUGGAGGCCUUGGAGCUGGUGCUGUCAACCCUGGCAUUGGAGACCCUGGAGCUGGAGGUGCCGGUUUUGGGGGCACUGCUGCUCGAGCCCCUGGCGCUGGUCCUGUUGACCCUGGAGUUGGGGACCUUGAGGCCGGAGGUGCCGGUUGUGGGGGUGCUGCUACUGGUGGCGCUGGAGCUGGAGGUUCUGGAGCUGAUGGAGGCGCUGAAGCUAGAGAUACUACUGCUGGAGUCUCUGGGGCUGGAGGUGGUCCUGCUGGAGGCACUGGAGCUGGAGAUUCUGGAGCUCCUGGAGGCGCUGGAGCUGGAGGUGCUGGUGCUGGAGUCGCUGGAGCUGGAGGUUCUAAAGCUGCUGGAGGCGCUGGAGCUGGAGGUGCUGCUGCUAGAGUCACUGGAGCUGGAGGUGCUGCUGCUGGAGGCGUUGGAGCUGAAGGUUGUGGACAACCAUGCUGUCUGCCCCUGA